UUAUGUAACCUAAUUAUCCUAACCUGCUAAGUUAAUUAUUCUAACCUGCUGCAUAAGCACUUCAAAACAUGACCCCAGGAGAGGAGAGCAACCCCAGCCAAAGCAAACUUGUGUAGGCUUGGACGGUUUCCAGGGAACCCGUUGCUAUCAACAACGUGGACCAUAAAACACCAAGGUCAGUUCUUUGCUCCAAUCACAGAUCAGCAAUGUUUUGAAUCAGCCAAUCACCUAUCAGAAUGCUAGUCUACCAGAAGAAUGGUGUUUUGGAGGAAGCUUUGCCUGUUGAAUGAAAUGCUAGCAAGCUAAGUAAAAUAUAUUUCACAAUAUACAUAAUCUACCAUUUCGAGGAAUAUUUGGGUUUUCACAUGAAAAAAGCACUGAGAACCCGAUCAAUCUCACCACCCCUACAUGUGCACGUGAAUGAGACCACGCAUGUGCGUGUGAAGAAGAGUAGGAGCCCUGCCAGGACACCACAGGGUAAGACUAAAGGCGAUGGAGGGAACCUGCGACCUACUGCAAAGGUCAAGACACGAGUGCCGUGGAUACGGCCUGGGAAGGCCUCCAUACGGGAUGCCUCCUACAAAUGGGAGGGGCAUACUCAUCGUCUGGAGAUCACACCAUUACCUCAGUCUGAGAUCUCCCACUCUCUGCUGCGAUUUGCCGACCUCUCGUCAGAGGAGGAGGAAGUGUUGCAUGGACGAAUCAACCAGUACGAGAGGAAGAUUGACAGCCUGAAGACUGAGGUGGAGCUGCGAAGGAAGGAGUAGCUGCUGGAGUGGCAGUCUGAGAAACUUAGCGCCUCCCAGCAGGUCAUCGAGGAGCAGGAGGAGGAGCUGGCCGAGGUGUGCAAUGAGCUGGAGGUCACGGAGAGGGAGAACUCCCGCCUGCGCCACUCCAUGGAGAAGAUGCUGGACGAGAGCGACUGCACCAGCAGGUCCACAGACGAUGCAAUCGCCAUCACACUGCACACUGCCCUAUCCCAUCUG